AUGGAGGAGGAGGACUCGGGACCCAUCAUCCGGGAGAUGAGGGUUCAGGUCAGGCCGCGCGGCGAGUACGGCAGCAGGGGGGCCAGGAGGAUUCGCAGAGCCGGAAAGGUGCCGGGGGUGGUGUACUCGAACAGCGACAACAGGGGCCACAGCAGCAGGCCUGGCGGCGGCGUCGGGCGGCCGGCCGAUGACCCUAUCCUGGUGAAGGUGGACAAGAUCGUGCUCGACCGGGAGGUUCGACGGCUGAACGCUUCCUUCGACAACACGGUGUACGAUUUGGUGAUCGAGGGGGAGACAUCGUCCGGGGACGAUGCCGCCGAUGAUGGGAUAGAAGUUACAGUAACAGACCCGGGAGCGGGGGGGGAUCGGGGCAAGGAGGAAGAGGAGGGGGUAUCGGCAGGAGAGGGGGGGGUAGAGGGGGGCGCACAGCAGCAGCAGCAACAGCCCGAGCGCCGUGAGCUCGUGCUUGCGAACCAAAGUCGCCUACACCCCGUGUUCCGCACCCUCCUGAGCGUGAACUGGAUAAGAUACAAGGCCGGUCGAAAGUACCCGAUCCCCAUUAAGUUCAUCAACAGCGACCUCAACGAGAACUUCCGGAAGGGGGCGUACAUCCGCAGGUUGAAGACCCACCAGCACAUACUCCUCCCAGAGGACCCAGAAAUGGUUCCCAAAUGGCUCUACUUGGAUCUCGAGUUCGUUCGGUCGGGAAGCAAGCUUCGAGUGAGCGACCUGAUGAUGCCUGAGGGGAUCCUGCUCCACCGAGCCAACGAGCCUGGGAUGUGGAACGAGGUGGUGUGCACUAUCAAGGGCCGCAAGGUUUUCGCCUCCGGAGACAGCGCCGGCGACGAUGAGGACGAGGUUUUUGUGGAUGACGAGGCGUGAUUCUUACUCCGGGGGUCAUGUAGAAGUAGCUCCCCCCGUCCUGCUCGAUGCGCACAACUGACACACAUGGGCGUUGGACAAGAAAAUUGCCAUUUUUUUGCGUGUUGUCCCCCACCCACCCACCCCUCCCUAAAUUGUCGUUGUUGUUUGUCACGACGGAGAGUGUGAAGUUGACGGAGUGUGCGUGAGCUGAUGUGCAGUUAGGGAACUCGCCUCUGCACGCUGUACUUUUGGCUUGAGAGAAGAGGUUGAGGUUUUGGGACGAUCGGCAGCCGGUGCUAGAUAGCUAGAAGUUCUUGGCCAUUCCCGAGUGUCGACAGCUAGUGUCGAUGCGUCACAUGAUGAAAUCGUUGCAGAAUACGCCUAAGGCUGUUCGUGAGGCAGAAAGAGGACGGGAACGGGACGGGGGGGCGGGGGGCGGGUGAUCGUCCCCUGUUUAAGCGACUAUACUUCCCAAACGGCAUGCUGUGAAACAACGCUAUCCCUUCCGUGUGCGCGAGAAUGUCUCCUAGUAUUGUGUAGAUGCUGUUGUGCUGGAGUGGUGGAAACGAUAGUCUGGUGCCGAGCCGACCUUUAUUCGAAGGGGGACACGUACGUCCGGUUGUUGCUCCGUUGUGUCGACCUUGUUGGCGAAUUGUAACGCAUUUAAUGCACAAAUACAUGUGCGCGUGUACGUGCUUACUGCGCGUCAGGGCGGCGAGUGGCAGCGCUCUCGCCUGUCUCGUUCGUGGUCCGUGAUUCGUGCUCGGAUGAUGGUGGAGGUUUAUCCGUACCACGGGUCGUGUAGUAGAAGGGUUUUUUUGCUUGCGUGAGGUGCUCAAAAAUUUUGUCGUAACUGACAAAAUGAUUUUCGAAACAGGGAAAAGGAAGGGUGCGUGCGUGCGUGUUUCUCUUUGAUUUGAAUUCCCAUUCUAACCUGCUGAAGAAUGAAAACUCGGCAGUCUGAUCUCGGGAGGAUCAGCACGUAAGAAAACGCUUGUUAACAGCGUGCCACGCGAUAGGGGGGGCGCGGAGUAGAUUGGAUGACAGGAUGCAGUUUUCCGUAUUCGCUGGACACCACGAGUCGGUAACAUUCGUGCCGCACUUCAUGCUCCUACCGUAAAUGACACAAGAUAACACACCU